CUGGAGAAGCCUAAAAAGAUAAGAAUGGGAAACUGGGAAGCUGAUGUGCUGUCAAAGGAGCAACUGCAGUAUGCAGCCACAGAUGCAUUUGUGUCUUGGCAUUUAUAUCAGCAGAUCCUAAAGGGAUUUCCAGAUGCAAAAUACGAAACAAAAAAUGUGGAGAAAGUAAAAAAAAAUUGACAUCAUGAAUGAGCAUCCAGAGAAGUAAAUUUCUUCCCUGUAACUAAUUUUAGUGGAAAUGUUUAUCUUCUAUGUGUUCUACAUGAUCAGGCCUUUUUUUAUCAACAUCAAGACUUUCUAGGAGAAACUUGUAUCGGCUUUUUUUAGAGAAUAAAUGAUCUUUGUUAUAUGUAUGUGUCAUGUCCUAUGCGGUGGGAAUUUCUGUUGCCCGCAAUAGACCACUGGUGCAACAUCUGAAGUUGACGAAAAUGUGUAAUGAUAUGGUUUCAGUAUUUAUUUUAUGGAUUAAUGCUUCCUCUUUGUUCAAUUA